AUGUCCGUCAACAAGGUGCUACAAUAUCUGAAAUUCGGAGAUCCAACCAAGGUGCUUCAACUGGCUGCGAAUGCGAUGCCAAACGCUCCAGGUGCGGGUCAGGUUAUCGUUAAAUGGAUCGCAGCACCUAUUAAUCCUCUCGAUCUGAACAAGAUCAGUGGGACGUAUCCAGCUCAUAAGGCUAAAUUCCCAUGCAUUGGCGGAUCAGAAGGAGUUGGUUUGAUCGAAGCGGUUGGAUCAGGCGUGAAAGGAUUAUCGAAGGGCGAUAAGGUGAUACCCACCUUGCUCGACAAGCCAACUUGGGCAAACUACGCACUAUGGGACGCCAAUAAUGUCAGAAAAGUUGACGAUCGCAUGAGCAUCGUUAGCGAUUUAACGAUUUGA